AUGAUCGGUCGGGUGGCUCAAGACGGAAGCCCUUUCGGAAAGGCAUCUGUGCAUCUCAAGGACUUCUGCGAGGUGGUUUGCAAGGCCACCUUCCCCAAUCGCCAGGUCUCUCCAGAAAGCGGCGUUACAGGGACAGAGUCGGAGGCAUGGGCCGCCCGGAACGCCACCAAGGAAAUCAGCACCCGCUUGACCAAACUACACAAGACAGUUUCCGGCCAAGGGCUUCAUCGCAACUUCAGCAAGAGUUCCAACGUGUCAGAUAUGCCGAUCCGCAUCGAAAAGCACCUGGCUCCGCCGCUCGUGCAUUGA